AUUCCCAGGGUGCCUCACACUCAGCAUAGAUAGGCCUGUUGCAUUGCUGGGAGUGGUGUGGUCAAGGUAUCCCGGCUGGUGACCCUUUCCAUCAAUGAUGUCAGGAGGAGGAGUGAGUAUGACGAAAUCCCUCAUUGCUCAGAGGAACCUGAACAUUCCAGUGGAGAAAGAGUCCCCAGAGAGUAUAUCCCAAGCCUUAGCUUCUCUUCAUACCCUCCGGCUAGACAGAGAGAGAAUUAGCUGCAUCGCAAAUCUGCAAGGUUUAGAGCAGGUCCACAGCCUGUACCUGCAACAGAACCAAAUAGAGAAAAUUGAGAACUUGAGCUGCUUUCCAAACUUGACUUUUCUGACAUUAGCCGGGAACCGCAUUAGCCAAGUGGAGAACCUCCAUAGUCUCCCGAAGCUGCAGUUUCUGGAUCUCUCACAGAACCGCAUUGAAACACUGGACACAGGUACAGCUUUCCCCACACUCGGCUUCACCACUUGCAACACUCUCUUGUGGACUAUCAAGUCUCCUGGGAUCCAUUGUGGAAAACAACUCACCCAUCCGUCUACUCUGCUUCCCCGAUUCUGCCUAACUUUCUGUACAGAUGAGCUGCCCCGGAGCCUCGUGAUCCUUGACCUGACAAGAAACGAAUGCACUAAGGAGAACAGCUACAGGGAGCGCGUGUUGGCAGCUCUGCCCCAUCUGAAAGAACUGGAUACGCAGGCUGUUCCCAAUCAGAAAGACACCGUCCAAACUGAAGAAGAGGAGGAGGACUGUUCAGAAGACAGCGACGAGGAUUGGUCUGAUCUCGCUAUACCUCUGAGCGUAGAAAAAGACUUCUUUGCCGACCUCCGUGAGGAGUUAAGAGCCCACUCAGCCCAGCGGAGGGAGGAGGAAGCCAGGGAAUACGAAGACCGCUUGGAGGAGCUGAGGCAGAUGCAGAAUCUGAGAGAGCUGGUGUUCAACACAACGGAAAGGCCGCCCUGGCCAUUCGGUGUACCGGAAAUAAUAUCCGCAGCCCCAGAGGGGAGCGUGCUCCAAAGUGAAUAUCACCAUCACCCUCCUUCCAACCUUUCGAAAACGGCAAACCCAACACCCAAAAAGGGGCCAAUAGCCUCAAAGGGGAAGGCUGGCGGCUCAAGUCCAGCUCAGCUGAAAGCUUCAAAGGGAGAGGGGUCUGGUGUAACGAAAACCACAAGCAAAGGUGUAAAGAAAUGAUUAGUGCAUCCUUUUGCUUUUCGUUUUUAAUUUCUGCUUUAUUCUGUCAAACAAAUACAAUACUUCCUUGAAUCUAAUCGG